AGGCGUGUCCGCCCGCCCGGGCCCGGGGGGCGAGAGGGGCGCCUCCCUCCCUCUAUAAAAAGGGUCGUCGUCCCCCCUCCCCGAGGGCGCGCCGGCCAGAGAGCAUCCUCCAGACUCGCCAUGCACGCGUCCGAGGCGGACGUGAGGACGCUGCGUUACCUGACCGCCUUUAGCCUCGUCUUCAGCCUGACCUUGAGCCUGCCCGUCCUGUAUCUUCUGCGCGAGAGCUUUCGUGCCCGGGAGCAAGAGAUGCCCGUUGGAAAAAUGCCCGAAGCGCAAAGAGUAAAAGGUGAUCCGCCGUCCCUCUACAGCUGCUCUCCAAGCAAUAAGCCAAGGGUCCACCUCUCAGGAGACCCCGUGGACUCCAAUCCAAAAUGCAUACCUGACAGGCUUCAGACCCUUCACUGGAGGAACGACCGAGGAAAUGGGGACCAAAUCACAUACCAGAACGGUUCUGUGACAGUCCCUCAGGAUGGCGAUUAUUUCGUCUAUGCUCAAGUCACUUACUUGUUCCACGAUGGCAUCGCCAGAGAGACCAUGUACUGCGGCAUGAAUAUAUCGGCGGGGAUACAGGUGGAGCAGGUCAUCUUGAAGAAAAGUGCCGCAUACGGCAGCCAAGAGAGAGAACAACUGAGGAUCAGCAGUAGCAUCGGGAAGAAAGAGAAGUGGAAAACGACCCUUUAUCUGGGGGGUGUCAUCCAACUCAGGGAAAACGAUCAAGUCAUGGUGAAAGUUAGUGAUCCUGGACUUGUGGACAUCCACAAACCUGGGAGAACCUUCUUUGGUGCUUUCUUGAUCUAGCGAUUGAGCACAGGAAGCUAGGCCUAGCUCCGAUUUUUUAUUUUUUUAUUUUUAGGAGAAGUCACUAUCGGAAAAUGUGAGACUUUAGAGAUUUCUGAAUACAACUCUCAGAACUCCUUUCUAGUGCACCAACAGAGACCGGGGAGGCCAGUUUCAGGGAAGGGGAAGUGAUGAACCUGUUCUGGGUUUUAUGCCAAACUUUACAGGAGCUAAUGGUUAUUAUGGU